GAUGGCCCCAAAACAGACGACCACGCCGACGGAGAGGCCGGAAGCUUCCAGCUCUGCAGCUCCUCAGAAGCCUCACGCUGUCGAUGCCUCUGAUGAUGAUGAUGGAGGAGUGAAGAAGAGUCCCCCGGGAAAGGACGAGGAAGAGGGCCACCUGGCCUAUCACGUCGGCUUCCUGAUGAAAGGAAGAUACGAGGUGGUGUUCACUCUGGGAGAAGGAGCCUUUGGGAAGGUGGUGGAGUGCAUCGACAGAGACACAGACGAACGCGUCGCCGUGAAGAUCAUGAGGGACUUCGAGUGUUUCCGUGAAGCGGCGAGGUCCGAGAUCGCCGUGCUGGAGGAGAUCAACCGGCUGGACGACGACAGCAGAUUUGCCUGUGUGAGGAUGCUGGACCGGUUCGACCUGGGGGGUCACGUGUGCAUCGUGUUCGAGCUGCUCGGCCUCAGCACCUUCGACUUCCAGCGGCUGAACGGCUUCCUGCCGUUCAGCGUGGAGCAGAUCCGACACAUGGCCUUCCAGAUCUUCACAGCCGUUUGCUUCCUGCAUCGUAACCAGCUGACCCACACAGACCUGAAGCCGGAGAACAUCCUGUUCGUCUGCUCCGACUCUGACCUGCAGUACAACCACGAGACGAAGUGUGAGGAGAGGAAGCUGAGGAGUCUGGAUGUGAAGGUGGUGGAUUUUGGCACCGCCACAUUCGACCACGAACACCACGAAUCCCUGGUGUCAACGCGACACUACCGAGCUCCAGAGGUCAUACUGGAUCUGGGCUGGAGCCAGUCGUGUGACGUGUGGAGCUUGGGAUGCGUUCUCAUGGAGUUUUACCUGGGACACCCACUCUUCCAGACCCACAACAGUAAAGAACAUCUGGCCAUGAUGGAGAGAAUCCUGGGACCCAUUCCCGUCCACCUGCUGAAACAAACCAGAAAGCAGCACUACGUGCACAACGAGCGACUGCGUUGGGACGAGCAGAGCCCCCCCGACGACCACGUCAGGAAACACUGUAAACCUCUCAAGCUCAUGCAGAGGACGAGCGAGGAAGACAGGCAGCUGUUCGACCUGCUCGGCUUGAUGUUGGAGUACGACGUCUCCAGACGGAUCACGCUGGAGGAGGCGCUGUGGCACCCGUUCUUCAGCCCGCUGAGGGCUAAGAAGCAGCGCAGCUAG